CAGAGCCCCCGCCCACGGCCGCUCGCCCUUGGCCUGCAAUCCGCCGCCUGCGAGCCUCCGCGGGCCGGCCUCCAAUCGGAGCGGGGGCCACGACGGCCACGGCCCGGCCGGGGUGAAGGGCUCCUCGGGGACCGCGCCACCGCCGCCCCGGUGAGUCGGCCCCACGGCCCGCGGGCCUCGCUGCCGCCCCCGCCGGCGUCCAGAGUGCGGCCUGGUCCCAGCUCUCUCACGGCUCCCCCGCCUGCGGCGGCGCCCACCGUCCGGGCCCCAAUGAGUAACUCCCGCAACAACCGAGUGAUGGUGGAGGGGGUCGGCGCCCGCGUAGUGCGCGGCCCGGACUGGAAGUGGGGCAAGCAGGACGGUGGGGAGGGCCAUGUAGGCACUGUGCGGAGCUUCGAGAGCCCGGAGGAGGUCGUGGUGGUGUGGGACAACGGCACGGCCGCCAACUACCGCUGCUCCGGGGCCUACGACCUGCGCAUUCUGGACAGCGCGCCCACCGGCAUCAAGCAUGAUGGAACUAUGUGUGAUACCUGCCGCCAACAACCAAUCAUUGGCAUUCGAUGGAAAUGUGCAGAGUGCACCAAUUAUGAUUUGUGCACUGUUUGUUAUCAUGGAGAUAAGCAUCACUUAAGGCAUCGCUUUUAUAGGAUUACUACACCAGGAAGUGAACGGGUUCUGUUAGAGUCUCGUAGAAAAUCUAAGAAGAUUACAGCCAGAGGAAUCUUUGCUGGUGCCAGAGUGGUGCGAGGAGUGGACUGGCAGUGGGAAGAUCAAGAUGGAGGCAAUGGGCGUAGAGGAAAGGUAACGGAAAUCCAGGACUGGAGUGCCUCCAGCCCACACAGUGCAGCAUAUGUUCUCUGGGAUAACGGUGCUAAGAACCUUUACAGGGUUGGCUUUGAGGGCAUGUCUGAUCUCAAGUGUGUCCAGGAUGCCAAAGGAGGUUCUUUCUACAGAGAUCAUUGCCCUGUGCUAGGUGAGCAGAAUGGCAACAGGAAUCCUGGUGGAUUGCAGAUUGGUGACCUGGUAAAUAUAGACCUUGAUCUAGAAAUUGUCCAGUCUUUGCAGCACGGUCAUGGAGGAUGGACCGAUGGCAUGUUUGAGACUUUAACUACAACUGGAACUGUCUGUGGCAUUGAUGAAGAUCAUGACAUUGUAGUACAGUAUCCAAGUGGCAAUAGAUGGACCUUCAAUCCUGCUGUUCUCACUAAGGCAAACAUUGUCCGAAGUGGGGAUGCUGCACAAGGUGCAGAAGGAGGCACUUCACAGUUUCAAGUGGGUGAUCUUGUGCAAGUUUGUUAUGAUCUGGAAAGAAUUAAACUUCUCCAAAGAGGACAUGGUGAAUGGGCUGAAGCGAUGCUUCCAACUUUAGGAAAAGUUGGCAGAGUACAACAGAUUUAUUCGGACAGUGAUUUAAAGGUGGAAGUCUGUGGAACAUCUUGGACAUAUAACCCUGCAGCAGUUUCCAAGGUGGCACCUGCAGGAUCAGCUAUUAGCAAUGCUUCUGGUGAAAGACUCUCCCAGCUUCUGAAGAAAUUAUUUGAAACCCAAGAAUCUGGUGACCUCAAUGAAGAGCUGGUUAAGGCUGCUGCCAAUGGAGAUGUGGCUAAAGUAGAAGAUUUGCUGAAAAGACCAGAUGUGGAUGUAAAUGGACAGUGUGCUGGCCAUACAGCAAUGCAAGCUGCUAGUCAAAAUGGACAUGUUGAUAUUUUGAAGUUACUUUUGAAGCAAAAUGUUGAUGUUGAAGCAGAGGAUAAAGAUGGAGAUCGAGCUGUUCACCAUGCAGCCUUUGGAGAUGAGGGUGCUGUCAUAGAGGUCCUACACCGAGGCAGUGCUGACCUGAAUGCUCGUAAUAAGCGUAGACAGACGCCUCUUCAUAUUGCUGUCAAUAAAGGUCAUCUUCAGGUUGUGAAGACUUUGUUGGACUUUGGUUGUCAUCCCAGUCUCCAGGAUUCCGAAGGUGACACCCCUCUCCAUGAUGCCAUAAGUAAGAAGCGGGAUGACAUUCUGGCGGUUCUUCUGGAAGCUGGAGCAGACGUGACCAUCACGAACAAUAACGGCUUCAAUGCCCUGCAUCAUGCCGCACUGAGAGGGAAUCCCAGUGCAAUGCGUGUUUUACUCUCAAAAUUACCAAGACCAUGGAUUGUGGAUGAGAAGAAAGACGAUGGUUAUACUGCCUUGCACCUGGCUGCCCUGAAUAAUCAUGUGGAAGUGGCUGAGCUGUUGGUGCAUCAGGGAAAUGCAAACCUGGAUAUCCAGAACGUGAACCAGCAAACGGCCCUACACCUUGCUGUUGAACGGCAGCAUACCCAGAUUGUUAGGCUUUUGGUCCGUGCAGGUGCCAAGCUAGACAUUCAGGAUAAGGAUGGAGAUACUCCUCUGCAUGAAGCUUUGAGACAUCAUACUUUGUCUCAACUACGUCAGCUACAAGACAUGCAAGAUGUGGGCAAGGUAGAUGCUGCCUGGGAACCUUCAAAAAACACAUUAAUAAUGGGACUUGGUACCCAGGGGGCUGAGAAGAAGAGUGCAGCAUCUAUUGCAUGUUUCUUGGCAGCCAAUGGUGCCGAUCUCAGCAUUCGAAAUAAGAAGGGUCAGUCACCACUGGAUCUCUGUCCUGACCCAAGUCUCUGCAAAGCUCUGGCAAAAUGUCAUAAGGAAAAAGUCAGUGGCCAAGUGGGUUCCCGGAGUCCUUCUAUGAUUAGCAACGAUUCUGAAACUUUAGAGGAAUGUAUGGUGUGCUCAGACAUGAAGAGAGAUACUCUUUUUGGUCCGUGUGGACACAUUGCAACAUGUUCUUUGUGUUCCCCUCGUGUCAAGAAAUGCCUCAUUUGUAAAGAACAGGUUCAGUCCAGGACAAAGAUUGAAGAGUGUGUGGUGUGCUCUGACAAGAAAGCGGCUGUUCUUUUUCAACCUUGUGGGCACAUGUGUGCUUGUGAGAACUGUGCCAGCCUGAUGAAAAAGUGUGUGCAGUGCCGGGCUGUGGUGGAGCGGAGGGUGCCUUUCAUCACAUGCUGUGGUGGCAAGAGCUCGGAAGACCCCUCUGAUGAGAUCUCAAGUGGGAAUAUCCCAGUGCUGCAGAAGGACAAAGACAACACCAAUGUUAACGCAGAUGUGCAGAAACUGCAGCAGCAGCUUCAGGACAUUAAGGAGCAGACAAUGUGCCCUGUGUGCUUGGAUCGUCUGAAGAACAUGAUUUUCCUCUGUGGCCAUGGAACAUGCCAGCUCUGUGGAGACCGAAUGAGUGAAUGCCCAAUUUGUCGCAAGGCAAUUGAGCGAAGAAUUCUUUUGUACUGAUUAUGAAACACAGAGUGUUUUGUUAGCUAAAGUAUGUGAUCAUGAGAUCUUAGUAGGUUCUAAAACUAGUUUGGAGUUUAAUGGGUUAAUUUGUAAUUUCAUAAUUUCUUUAUUAGAAUGUAGUUAGACUAUAUAUGGACCACCAUCACAACAAAAACAUACAGUGUUUGAAAUUGCCGGUGUGUGUGUGUGUGUGUGUGUGUGUGUGUGUGUGUGUGUGUGUGUCUGUGUCUGUGUGUGUUUUCCUCUUGAAUUUGGAACAUCAAAUCCAUGGUAACUCCUAGAAAAUUUGCUUUUGGCUUUGAAGGGGAAAAUCCUUUAAGGACCUCCUUUUACACUUUUCUAUUGCAUUUUUCUUUUUUAAUAUGUACACAUUUGUUAAACCUUAGACAUUGGCUUACAAGGUCAGUAUUCCACAUGAUUAUCAUGAUUUCACAUGGUGAAAUGACUCGCUGUUCCAAAAAGUCAUACCGAAGGUGAGUGGGGCAAGUCAAACUAUAUCAUGUGUGCUUGGUGACACAAGUAUAGUAGAGAUGCCUCCUGGCUAAGACAGUCCUGAAGGAAACAUUGUAUUUCAAGAUAAUUUGAAGUUAUCCAAAUGAUUGUUUCUGAAUUUUUAAGUAAGUGAAAAUAUGAGAUAAGAGAAUAAUGACUUUACCUUCUUUUCUAGAUUUAAAAGGAAAAUUGACUAACUUAAAUGAAUGAUUUCAAAAUCACCAGUAGACAUGAAAAGGCAAAGCAAAAUUUUAAUGAGAACCGAAGUCUAGCUCAGAAUGAUGCAGUCACACCUCUACCUGGUUGUCACUGCUGCACUUCUUGUAUUAACUUCUCACUGUUUGCAUCAGUCAUUUGUAGAAAAACAUCUGUGAAAAGUAAUUUCCGUUUUCCUGGUGACCACUGACCUGGGCUAGAUCUAAUCAGUGCGUGCAUGCCAUCUUUUCUGUGUCUCUGAGGUCUCUUCAGCUGGGUGGUGCAUUGUUAGAGGCAGCAAUUUUUUCUGUAUGUCUAUUACUUCUGACAGUGUUAUGGAUUCUACUUUCAUCAGAAGCCUUACUUCUAUUCUCUAUUGGAUAGUAAUUUUACUGUAAAAAACGUAGUUUUUCUUUAUACCUAAACAGAUGAACAUUCUUUAAACUGCCAACAUUAACUAAGAUAUAAUAAAUAGUGUCAGAUACUUAGAAAAGAGUGCCAGGGCAUUUGUAGAAAAGCAUGGAAAAUACAUGUUGACUUGGUUAGGGACCUAAGCAUUUUGUCUCCUUAAAUGAGUAUCUUUGUAUGUAGCCUAAAUAUACACAUAUUAAGUGUUCCAAAAUUCCUCACUGCUCUAUUGUAAAAAAUAAAAAAAAAACCUGUCAGUUAUUUACAAUAGUGUCUACCAUGUGCUGUGUAUAAGCAUGUACUCUUAAGGAUAGUGUUCUUUGGAGAUAGUUUCCCCUGCAUUCAAAUCUGGCUAGCUUGUGUCUUUUUUUUUCUGUAGCAACUAAAGUGGGAGAACAGUGUCCAGCCUGGCUGUACUUUGUUGCUGGUGGUUACUUGCUACACAGUGAACUGGGCUGCUGGCUGCCUUACAGACUUAGCAGUUCCAUGUCUGUGUUUAGCUGAGUAACUGCUUUGUUUCUUCUUUGUGUUUUUGAGAUAGAGUCUCACUAUGUAUUCCAAGCUGACCUAGAACUUACUGUGUACCUCAGGCUUGCCUCAACCUUAUGAUCUUCUUGCCUCUACCUUCCAAUUGUAAGAUUGUAGGAUGGGGACCCCACCAUAUUUAACAACUGUUAAUCAUUUUGGAGGGUACAAUCCUAUUGGUUUCAAAUUAGGAAUGUUCUAUUGUAAGGAAGCAAUGAGGCAAUUUUUUUUCUAAGUAUAAUUUGAAGGGUUUUUUGUUUUUUAAAGAUACAUCUGAUGAUACGAUGUUUACAUAAAGAGACAGACUAUCUUCUUGCCAACUUGGAAAGAGCACAAAUGAGGAUCUUUUCUUCCUUGCCAUAGGCUGCCCACCUCUUUCCACUUGUAUCAGGCAAGGAGGGAUGGCUGCUAUACAGUUUGCCAGCCUGAGAACCUGUGCACCACAACUACAUCCCACUUCAUUCAUUCCUUUCUCUGUCUCCCAAGCUGCAGUGCUAAGUCUUAUCCUGUAAAGAUUAUAUCUGUCAAGGGAUAGACCUGCUGAUCGGCUCCAUCAUCUCCUCCAUGCAGAACACAGCACACUAGCUUAUGAGAGAGAAGCCAUCAAGUCUCUGUAGUGCUGGGGACUUUCGGCUUCCUCCUUGUCACUUGGCCAUUUAAGUUAUGCAUAUUGUGAACAGAUGCACUUCUGUUCAGGUCUUCGGGCAUCUAAAAUUAUUGUAAAUUUGUUUUGGGCUUACAAGAGACAGUAAGACCAGGAACUGAAUCAUGCCAGUGACUUCCUCCGGCACUCUGAAACUACUACCUCUUAAUCUCUUUACGACACUUGGCCCCUUUGGGAUCUUUCCUUCUUGUUACCCAAACCUCUUUUUCCUGUGCCUCAGAAGAACUAUUUUUACAAUGACAUGCAUUCAUUUUUUUAAAGUAUUGGACUUGGGCUAAGUGGUAGGCAGGAAAGGUCAGUGUCUUGGCACACUCAGCGUUUAUGCUGCAGUCUUUGCAGCCGUCUGUGGACAACGGGAUGGGAUCCUGAGGCGUGUGAGUACUCCUCACUGGUGUUUCAGGAGAGCUGUCGGGAGCAAUUUUGGAUUCCCUCUGUGUGCCCCUUGGCCCACAUUGUCUCCUAAUCACUAAGACCACCGGCUUCCUCACUCAGCACACACACAACUUACCAGGCGCUGCUGCCACAGCUGCUCUUGUUCACAUAGUCUAACAUCCUUACCUGUGCCGUACACAUAGAGUUUUAUUGGGAACAGGGUUUUCAAGAGAAUAUAAUUUUAUAUUAGUGUAAGAAUAUUAUACUAGGCAAAUGUUUAGUUUAGUUACCUGAAUUACGCUUAAGAUAUUUGUAAUUUAAUAAUGACAGGUUAACUAGAAGUCUACUGAAACAUAAAAUUAACUGGAAAUAAUUCUUUAAAUUUAUAUUUUUGAUGACUUUAGCCUGAAAGAACAUUUUAUUUUAGAAUGUUGAAAAUGCAUGCUGCUUAAAAUUUGUCUAGUUCAAAAUCCAAACCUUGCUAGGUCAUUUUACACAUGGGAACAUCCUGGUAGUCAUGUAUAGCCUGAUGGAUGUUUUUGUUUAUUUUGAAUUCUGGACGCUUUUUGGAUAAGGAAUAGUUAAACUUGCCAACUAGGACAAGGCUGGAUGGAGCAGAGCUGGCUUGGGGGAUUGGGGUUGCAACAAAUAGGAAACAAAAACAGCACAGAGGAAAGAGGCAUUGUGGAGGAUUUGCCACAGUAUUAGUGGAGAGGGCAUAUUUAACUAAAACAUAAUAAGGUCUAUAAGGUCAGUUCUUCACAUGGCUUGUCGGUUGUUUUGUAAAUUACAGAUUUUAACAUGACUUGCUCUUUUAAGGUCUAAAAGGAGAAACAUCCUUUCUGAGUGUCUGAAAUGGUUAUAGUAAUAAUUUAUAUAAAAACACACUCAUGGGAGUUGGGAGGGGGGCUGGAGAGAUGGCUCAGUGGUUAAGAGCACUGACUGCUCUGCCAAAGGUCCUGAGUUCAGUUCCCAGCAACCACAUGGUGGCUCACCACCAUCUGUAAUGGGAUCUGAUGCCAUCUUCUGGUGUGUCUGAAGACAGUGAAAGUGUACUCACAUACAUAAAAGAAAUAAAUAAAUAUUUAAAACAAUGAAAAACAAACUCAUGGAUACAUUUUUGGUUUUUUUGUUUUGUUUUGUUUUAAUUGCAGUGAGAACCACAUAUCAUAAGGUUGUUGUCCUGACAGCUUCUAAACAUGCAGUUCCAAACGGUCACUUCCACUCUGUUUGUUGGGAAACAAAUAGAACUUGUACCCACCAAAUGUUCCCUUCUUCCUUCCCUCUGUGCAACAGGGUUCUGACUACUUAUAACACAAACACUCAGAUUACUGAGUAGAGCCAUUUGUGUUUGUAAGAUCCAAACCUUGGUACACAUCAGGUUCCUGAGAUUUGAGGCAGGGUAUCAAAACUGCUAUUUUUUACAUGUAUGUUAAUUGAAAGUGUUUAUUAUUUCAUUAUAAGCCAGAGGGGAAAACACAUUUUAAAUAUGGGAAAUAAGUUAGCUUUGGUUUUGUACUAUCUGGGAAAGUAAUAGAUUUUCACAAGUAAUUUGUGCCUUGUUAGAAAUGUCAUUUGUCCUUGAAUCUACCUGUCAAAGUUGCAGAAUACAUUUUUCUUUCAAAAUGGCAACCCAGUUUAGCUUGCUUGACUGUUACAAUAGGAAUGCUUACUGAUAUUACUUGAUAAUCAUGUAUAUCCUUUUGACUUACACAAACACACAUGCAACAGCAGUAUUGAUAAUUACAGUUGUAUAUCUUUAAACACUAAACGUGAGGAAGCUUUUUAAUGUUGUCGUGUGUGUGUGUGUGUGUGUGUGUGUGUGUUGCUUUACUGCAGUGAGGGAGAAAUCAUUUGCACCAAGCUUUAGUGGCUGAUAAGUGGCUAGCAGUGGGUAAAAUAAGUUACAAUGUAAAAAUAGGAGUGGAUAAGUUAAUAAAGUUAAGUUGCUACCUUGGUAUUUUCUACCUCCUUUUCUAUCAGAACACUGCUUUUCUUUCACCCGUCUAGCAUCUUGUCUUAUUUGUGGGAGAAAAGGAAACAACCUGAAGUUAAAGUUAGAUUUUCUUUUUUUGAGAAUUUAAGCAAUAGGUACAGGAAAAGUGACCUGUUACAUUAAUUUGGUGCCUAAAUACAAAGGUUUGAAUUGAUAUAUACAACUGUCUAAGAAGAGUAGUGCUGAGUAUUUGGACUGUCCUGUAUAGUUCUCUUGAUUUUAUUUCAUAAACACGACUUCUUUCUUCAAAAGCAAAGUGGUUUUCUAAUUUUUUAUGAAAUAAGCAAAUAUGCCAUUUUGUCUGAGUACAGUUUCAGGAAGCUAUUGAAAGUUCUGACUCAGGGCUUUUUAACAGUUAAAGCAAUUGUUAAUAUAUUUUGAAAACUCCAUCUGCAUAAUUCUUCAGUGCCUUGAUUAACUUGGCAGCACUUAAAAAAAACUUUGUAUUAGGCAACCUUCAGUGCACCAGUCAUGAUGUGUACGUCCUAAUCAUACUGCUAAGCAUGUGCAAGAGCACCUCUGUGUGUGCUGGGCUUGCAUAAGUCUUUAAGGGAAGUGUUCUACAUUUGCACUUGAUACUUGUUUUUUUGAUUCUGGCUUUUUUGUUUUUUUUUUUUU